GCAAGAUGGUGGAUGGGUGGCCAAAAUGUGUCCCACUACCAUCGUGCAAGAACACCCGUUGUGGAGCUGGAACAGAAUGCAAGAUGGUGGACGGGUGGCCCAAGUGCGUCCCAUUGCCAUCGUGCAAGAACUUCCAGUGUGGAGCAGGAACUCAGUGCCAGAUGGUGGAUGGGUGGCCAAAAUGUGUCCCGUUGCCAUCGUGCAAGAACACCCGAUGUGGAGCCGGAACUCGGUGCCAGAUGGUGGAUGGAUUGCCCAAAUGUGUCCCAUUGCCCUCAUGUAAGAACUUCCAGUGUGGAGCAGGAACUCAGUGCCAGAUGGUGGACGGGUGGCCCAGGUGUGUCCCCUUGCCGUCGUGCAAGAACACCCGAUGUGGAGCCGGAACUCGGUGCCAGAUGGUGGAUGGAUUGCCCAAAUGCGUCCCGUUGCCAUCGUGCAACAACUUCCGUUGUGGGGCAGGAACACGAUGCAAGAUGGUGGACGGGUGGCCCAAGUGUGUCCCUGUGCCCUCGUGUCGGAACUUCCCUUGCAAGGGUGGGACACGGUGCCAGAUGGUGGCCGGGAGACCCAAAUGUGUCCCCGUACCUUCGUGCCACAACACCAAGUGCGGCGAGGGCAUGCGGUGCAAGAUGGUGGACGGAUGGCCCAGGUGUGUCCACCUCCUGCCGUCCUGCCGGGACAUUCGGUGCUUGAAGGGGACCCACUGCAAAAUGGUGGAUGGGUGGCCCAAAUGCGUGCGCAAACAGGUCUUCCAGAGGGAAGUGCCACCACCGCCAGCUCUCCAGGUGCCCCCCUCGUGCCAAAACGUUCCCUGUACGAAAGGGACCACGUGCAAGGUGGUGGAGGGUUGGCCCCAGUGUGUCCCGACCAAGACGUCCCCAAGACGACCUUCCUGCAGUGACAUCCACUGUCCCAAAAGGACCACGUGCAAGAUGACGGAUGGUGGACAACCAACCACGGUGUGUCCCCAACCCACCUUCCUGCAGCGACGUCCAGUGCCAGAAGGGAACCGCGUGCCAGAUGGUUGAUGGUUGGCCCCGGUGCGUUCAAACCAAGGUCUCACCAAGGCGACCUUCCUGCAGUGAUAUCCAGUGUCCUAAGGAGACCACGUGCAACAUGAUUAAUGGCCAACCACGAUGUGUCCACAACCCACCUUCAUGCAGUGAUGUCCAGUGCCAGAAGGGCACCACGUGCCAGAUGGUUGAUGGUUGGCCUCGAUGCAUCCAAACCAAGAUAUCCCACAUACAACCAACCCAGAAAAAAAGGACGUGUGAGGACAUCCAGUGUG